AUUGUUUUUCUUUUCUUUAAUAACACAGUAUCCUGAUGUCAUCAUGCCUGUGUCUCUUGGUGAAUGGCGUGUCAGGAUCGGCACGUUCAUGCGCCGUCGUAGGAAAGAAUAUGACUACCACUACUUUUGGAGGAAACUUCACAACUUAAUUAAAAGAAACAAGAAUGCUGAGCAACCAAGAGAAGACAACAAUCCUGAGUGUAACAUUUCAUCUCGCACUGGCUCUUCAUCAGAUGCGAAACGAUCUCCAAGCAACACUGCCCGUCAGUCUGCGUCUUCUUGCAAUGCCAACCUUAACAUCAAUCAAACAGGGCCCUCAUGUGAUGUCAACAAUGACAGAGGUAACGCCAAUUCUCCGACUCUCUCACAAUUUGACGUUCCAGAGUGUAAUACGAAGUGUGGAUCCCCAUGCGAUUCAAACAACCCCGGUCAUAACGAUGUCUCUCACUCUGAGUAUCCGUCUGCUGAAAACAGUGGUUCUUCAAUUGAGAAAAAGACCAACCCUGUCCUGGAUACCACUGAAGUGAAAAUUCCAGUUCUCCAACCCUGUGUAGAAGACGAACUGGACAAUAGAAACAUAUCCAUUAGUCUGAUGUCGUAUGAAUACACCCCUAAAUCCGAUCAAAUAAGUAAAAAAGACAAACCUAAAGUUGGCACAUCAGAGUCGUACUCAGACGUUCCUGGGGAGAUAGGUCGGAUCAAACUAGAUGAGGAGGAAACAUCAGACUCUAGACCGUCGGGGAAAGAGGACCAAACAACGGACCUAUCACCUAAACCCAGGAUACAUACAACGAGAAACACCGACCAAAGAACAUCAUCUAUCAGGGAAGUAACGGAGAAUCACGGAUCACCGACCUAUCCGAUCCCCCUGUCAGGGACAUCCAUCGGUGAAGCAGAUGCAAUCAAAGGGAAUGACUGUCCAGACAUGGCCACCAUACUCCUAUUGAGAUCCGGUGACGUAGAACGAAACCCUGGUCCAAAUAAUAACCCUGGAAGUCUGGGCGAGCUCGAGCUCUAUCUCCUUGCCGACGGUAUAGAUCCCUCAGAUUUCAGGAAGGUCGGACUAGCUUUAGGAUUCCCUGAGGCUAAACUAAGUCAGUUUGAGAAAGACAAGCUGGGCAACUCCAUGCAAGCUACCUAUCAGAUGCUUUACGAAUGGCGGAAGACAGUACCUGAAAGCGAGGCGAGGGAGAUACUAGUCAACAAGUUAGAAAGCAUUAAGCUAGUUCAACUUGCUGAUAGUGUACGGAAAGGUCAGGUUGGUGAUCACAUACCGUCCAUGACAGAGGAGGAAAUCCAACGGGUGGCUGAAGAGGUCAAACACUAUUUGGCUAUUCAUAUCUGUCAGAUUCAAGUCGAUCCACUGAACAAUGAAGUUGUACUUGAAUUUAAACGUAUCUUCACCAAUCUAACGUUGAUGAAAGAAGACAAAGGUUCAAAACUCAAUACACCGCUUCUCUAUGACGACCUCCUCAGGACCAAAGUCAACGGAAUCUAUCCUAAACGCUUGUUGGUAGAAGGUGAAGGUGGUGUAGGGAAGACCACUUUUUGCGCAAAGAUCGCUUGGGAUUGGAUCCACGGAAUAGGCUACCAAGAUUUCAAACUGGUUCUUGUCAUCCUACUUCGCGAGGCAGGGGCCAAAACGGUUGGAGAGAUAGUGAAGUCAUACCUUUCUGACAACAAUCCCGUCACAGCCAAACAGCUAGACAAGCACAUCCUCUCAAAUUCGGAUGAUGUCUUUCUUGUCCUGGACGGUCUAGAUGAAUUUGCUGUCGAUCUUGACAGCAAUCAACAAAUCGCCCUGAUCACUCUCUAUCGUCUGUUCAAGUCAGGGACAGUACUAAUCACAUCGCGACAAUGGAGAUCAGAUGAGAUUAGGAAGAAUGACUAUCUUAGAAGGGAGUUUGCUUUCAUUGCUGUAGAAGGUUUCUCUGCUGAAAACCUCUCUUCUUACAUCACCAAGUUCUUUCAUCCAGACACAGCUUCCUCUGAAAAUCUGUGCCAAUUCAUAUCAAAUAACGAUGUGAUCGGAGAGAACAUGGCUCCCUACCCCAUAUACACAGCCAUGCUGUGCAUUAUGUGGAAAGAGUUUGAUGGAGAGCGCCGAGAGGCAAUGUCCAUGCUGCAAACAUUUUCCCAGCUCUUCAAUCAAAUGAUUGAAUUUUUGGUUGAUCAUUACCUAUCGAAACACAUUCCAUCUUCAGGUAUUGAUGAAGGCAAAUUAAGGGAGAAUCGCUCAGAUAUUCGUGAUCACCUGCUUCAGAUUGGCCGCAUUGCCUUCCAGGGACUUCUGUUGAGACAGUUAGUAUUCACAGAAGAAGAGUUUCAACGCUGUCCAGAGUCUAUAGAUGUAGGUUGCAAAGUUGGUGUACUCACCAGAGAGAAGAAAGUUCUUCCGAGGCGAGAAAGAAGAAAUGAUCGGAAUUUAGCAGUCCAAUCGGUGCAGUUCCCUCAUAAGCUCUUCCAGGAAUAUCUAUCAGGAAUGUAUCUUGCAUAUCUUUACAACUCAAACCGUAAUAAGUAUGACAGGUUGAUAGCGAAUAUCAUACCGGAAGCAGAUGAGUACCGGUACCUACUCUACAUCACAUCGGCCCAGCAGAAGGGGGUCGGCUUGGAUAUCGUAUCUCGUCUCAUAGCUGCGUCACAAACAAACAACCCAUAUGAUGAUGACUUCAUCGUAGAUGUAGCAUACGAGAGCCAAGACCAAGCAGUGGCCAAAGUAGUUGCGGAUCAUCUAUCGACUACCGUAACGUCCAGGAAGUGUGCGUCCAGGAAGACACUGGAGAUCACUAAGAAGAUGCAGGCACACACAGUAUCAGGGCAUAUCUUCAUAAUGAAUCAACGUGAAGUGGAUCACCUGAGUAUAGAGAAGCCAUGUGGACGGACGGCUUCAGAGGACCAGGCUGAAUUCAUCUGCUCAUCACGAUCACCGAAAUCUGUGACGAUCGCUAGUACUAUGCAUGAUAUAUUCUACUCGGUGCUUGCGAAUAAAGCAGGCGAUUCCAAGAUUGAGACUCUUAACAUCUAUUCUUUGGAUCUCAGUAAACGUCCCUCUGCAUCACGUGAUCUCGCUCAGUUCAUCUGUAAGAUGCCUCAUUUGGAGCGCCUGUCACACGGUAAACAAGGCUGCAGUGAAUACAGGCUCAAUGUCUUGCUACACGAUGACUUCUACUCAACAUCUUCGUCGAUAGCGUCAUCUACAAAGAUUGAGACUCUUGACAUCAAGUCUUUGGAUCUCAGUGAACGUCCCUCUGCAUCACGUGAUCUCGCUCAGUUCAUCUGUAAGAUGCCUCAUUUGAAGUACCUCUUUCUCGGUAAGGAAGACAACCCUGACUGCGGACCCAAGGUCUGUCUACACGAUGACUUCUACUCUACAUCUUCGUCGAUAGCGUCAUCUGCAAAGGUAUCGAUUUGAUCAUAUAUUUUAAGACUUUUAGCAAAUCACUACAUUUUGUUAUACUUGAAGUGUACCCCUAUCUUUCACACCUUUAAGAGGAAGCAGGUAGGAAAGUUAAACGUUUCAUGAAGUGGAUGCAA